AUGCAUCCAGCUCUCAUAAUUUUUCUGGUGUCACUGGUCAACCAUCUUAUAACAUGGUUUGGCCGUGAUACCCUACAAGAGAUUUUCCGCAUUGCAUAUGUGCGCAUCGUGCACUUCUCCGCGUCGUCCAGGCUUUCUUCGAUGAAAAAGGAUCUUUUCGAAACGCGGCAGCAAAUGAACAUGACAAGUGCACAGGACGAGUUUUCGAAAUGGGCCAGGCUGCGCCGCAAAGUCGAUAAACUUACUGCGCAGGUGGAUGAGCAGAACAAGUCGCUGGCGUCGUCACAGUUCAUGUUCUCAAUCAUGUUCAAGGUAUUUAUGUUCGUGCUAAACAGUGCCGUACCAUUUGCAUUGAAUUGGUACUUUAAGUGGACACCCAUGUUUUAUCUUCCACCUGGCGACUGGUUCGGACCACUUGGCUACUUUUUCAGCUUCCCCAACGCUCCUGCAGGAGCUGUGAGCAGCACGGUAUGGACGACGGUAUGUGGUCGUGUACUGGCACUUGUGGGGGCGUACGCGAGGGAGCUUCUGGUGAAAGAUCCACAGCCUGCCAAGCCCAUGGCCGAGAAAAAGCCAACAGGAACGGCUGUGACGCAGGAAAAAGGGGAGAUCAUCAAGGACCAGUCAGAAAAAACUCCUAGUACACUGAAGCAGCGCCGCAUCUAA